GUCUGUCUCUCUCUCCCCAGUCACUGUGUCUGUCUGUCUGUCUCUCUCUCCCCAGUCACUCAGUGUGUCUGUCUGUCAGUGUGUCUGUCUCUAUAAGUGACGUCCUCAGGCUCUGUGUAUCACUGUCCGGGUCCACCUUAAACCCGUGACGUCACGUUGCCAUGGAGACGGUGUUACGCUACAAGGGGAAUGAGGUAUUAAAGCGGAGCGGAGGGGGCGGGGAGGCCAGUUCAGCACCCAGCUCACCGCGGACAGAGCUCUCUGGCACCGGGACCCUGCGACUCCCCCAGACCGCCACCGACAGAGAGCCCCCCAGCUCGCCCAUCACUGCCCAGAGCCGCUGGGAGGGGCCCGGGGGUGAGGACCACCGUGCCAGCCUUACUGCUAACUCAGUGAGUGGGCAUCACCCCUGGCACACUCCGACACAGCCAGCCCAGCCGGCCAGGACUGCCACUCCCAGCACUCUCAGACACACAGACACCUGGACAGCCCUAGGUAAGCCUUCACUGGGAGUGGGCAUCGCAUAGGGGCACCUAGAGCCAGUCUGGGGUACUUUAUCACCCACUGCCAGCAAUAUCAAUUACUGGACUCUGUGUAUUACUAUUAUUAUUAUUAUUCAAUAUAAAGACUGCCACUCCCAGCACUCUCAGACACCUGGACAGCCCUAGGUAAGCCUUCACUGGGAGUGGGCAUCACAUGGGGGCACCUAGAGCCAGCCUGGGGUACUUUAUCACCCACUGCCAGCAAUAUCAAUUACUGGACUCUGUGUAUUAAUAGUAUUAUUAUUCAAUAUAAAGACUGCCACUCCCAGCACUCUCAGACACACAGACACCUGGACAGCCCUAGGUAAGCCUUCACUGGGAGUGGGCAUCAUAUGGGGGCACCUAGAGCCAGCCUGGGGUACUUUAUCACCCACUGCCAGCAAUAUCAAUUACUGGACUCUGUGUAUUAAUAGUAUUAUUCAAUAUAAAGACUGCCACUCCCAGCACUCUCAGACACACAGACACCUGGACAGCCCUAGGUAAGCCUUCACUGGGAGUGGGCAUCACAUGGGGGCACCUAGAGCCAGCCUGGGGUACUUUAUCACCCACUGCCAGCAGUAUCAAUUACUGGACUCUGUGUAUUAAUAGUAUUAUUAUUAUUAUUCAAUAUAAAGACUGCCACUCUCAGACACCUGGACAGCCAUAGGUAAGCCUUCACUGGCAGUGGGAAUCACAUGGGGGCACCUAGAGCCAGUCUUGGGGUACUUUAUCACCCACUGCCAGCAAUAUCAAUUACUGGACUCUGUGUAUUACUAUUAUUAUUAUUAUUCAAUAUAAAGACUGCCACUCCCAACACUCUCAGACACCUGGACAGCCAUAGGUAAGCCUUCACUGGGAGUGGGCAUCGCAUAGGGGCACCUAGAGCCAGCCUGGGGUACUUUAUCACCCACUGCCAGCAAUAUCAAUUACUGGACUCUGUGUAUUAAUAGUAUUAUUAUUCAAUCUCCCACUGCAUGGAACAAGAACAAGUACUAUAGGAGCAUGUGUGUUUAUUAUAGAGAGAGAGAGAGAGAGAGAGAGAAUAAUAAUUAUAUAUAUAUUUAUUUAUAAUUUUGUUAUUUACUUAAAUAAGCUGUUUCUUACAAGUUAUUGUGACUCAAUGUUUUAAAGAAUAACAUCAUCAUCAUGCAACAAAAGGUUAAACCUGUGGGACACAGUAUCCACUUAUCCCUCUGGCAGGGAAGAUGUUAACCCAAGCUUCCUGCCCCAUCGCCCCCCUCCCCCCCACCCCCUCCCCUUUAAAAUAGCCAGAUUGGGCUAUGUGAUAUAAUUGUUAUAUUUAUUUUGCUAAACUGAUUAUUACUUACAGUGUGGUGUUUUGUGUUAACAGACUGGUGUUGUGUUCUGCUGUUCAUACUGUGAUAUUACUGCACUGCAGAGCGUGGAUACAACAAAAUAAAUAUAGAUAAUCCUUGCUCAGGUGUAUAUUUAUUCCCCCCUCCCCUUUAAAGAUCACAAACCAAUGCAUUAUUGGCAGUGAAGAGGUUAAACACAGAGAGGCGUAACAUGGAAAGUUAUCCAAUGUUGCCUUGAAUGUAUAUUUUAGACAUUAUUGAAUGGGAUGGAUUUCAAGUUAAAGGAAAAACUAAUGCUGUUUCAGUGUAUUGAAGGGUAGUCUUUAUCAGUAUUGUAUUAGUACAUUAAACCUUGUCUUAUUUCUAAAUACAAUGCGGGUUUACUCAGUAUUGACUUUGUGUCUAUGAAAAACAAGUUGUAUGACAUACUAGGCAUACUCUAUACUAACUAUGAAAUGCGUCAUGCUUGGAUAGAAAACUGACAUUGUUAAAGAGCACUCCAGCACAUCCUAUGGUCCACUAAAUCUGACUGUUUCAUUAAUGAGUUAAUGAAAGGUUUAUUCACCAAGCAAUGAGCGGUGUUGAAUUGCUGAAUGAAUUAAAAAGAAAAUUGGCCAAGAUAGUAGAGUUUAAAAAUAAAUUUUUUUUUUUUUUUCAAACCUGUUUAUUUUUAUAGCCUGUCUAUGUGGACCCAAAUCUCCAAUUUGGCUAUUGAUUCACCCUCCAACUUUGUUUAGUACCUUGGCAUCUUUCUCUUUGUGGUGUUUGGUGUGUUUUUGUCUUUUCAAUGGGCAGUAUAGAGGGUUUAUAAAGUUGUUCCAGUUUUUGAUAGAAUAUUCAUUUUAGAAAUAAAGUUUUCCCUAUUCUUUGGGGAUAACAGUGCAGUUAUAUUUGUAUUUUGACUUUUGGCUAGACCUGCUUGCAGACCUUCAGAUGGGAAAUGUUUCACUGUAGAGACAGCUGUUCUAGCUGGAGAUACAAAUUGCAUAAAAUAAGCCAUAUGAUGUAUUCAACGGGGAUGGCAAAUUCCCUAUAAUUAAACUAUAUUAAUGACUACCUCGAGUUAAACUUAGAGUAUCAGUCCUGAAGAAUGAGGCAGGGGGGUAGAAAUUAUAUAAACACAUUUUGGUUUAAUGGUUUAAACAGGAGCUGUGGCAAAUUCAAAAGGGAAUUUAAAAUUUUCCCCAAAAAUAAACCAAAGUAGAAAAUAGCUGAUUUGAAUGUUUUUUUUUCCCAAUUUUUUUUUUUUUCAUAAUUCUUAUUUCCUUAUUUGAAUAAGUCCCCCUAAUUCGGAAUAAACGUGACACUCAAUAAUACACAAUAUGGCUUGCAGAGAUUCUUGUUACUCUGGAGAUUUUUUUUAUUCUUUUGAACUGGAGAUAUUAAUUUACAUCCUCAUUCAUGAAAUGUGUUUAAUAUUAGACACGCCUCCAACGCCUUUGGAAAUUUUCACAUAUAUUAUGAAUAAAUAGAUUAUGUCUCCGUUUUCAUUUGCUUUUGUGCAUACAGCACUGAUGUGUUCAAAUUUUGUUAAAGGGAAGAUGUCUUAACACAAAUACAUUUGCAUCUUUAAAUAUAAUCCAAUUAUGUCUUUUACUACAUGCUAUAGCAGUUACUGAAACUAUUUUAUUCUUGUGUUUCAAUCUGUGCUAUGGCAACUACUAGAGCUAUUUGAGUAUUUUUGGUGCUAUCAGUAAUCUGAAAUCAAUAAAUGGAUUGAUCUAUUAGUCUCUCUGAGUGCAGUCCCUACCAAUAUUAAAAAUACAGGGUCAUGCAAUAAACUCAGGAUAGUUGUAUUUUGACCAGAGAAUUACAAAUUCUCCAAGUCAUCUCUUUAUACAAAUGUAAUUUCUGAUCACAUUCCUGACAAUUCUAAUUUAAGCUAAAACACUAAAAAACUCUGCCAAUUAUGAGAUUCUUAAGUGCUCUCUACUGCUUAAAGAAACACUCCUUACACCUAAGCUCUUUAGCUUGCUGAUAUGCUUUAUGUGAGAAGAAGUACAUAUUUCAAUAGAAAUAUUAGAAAAAAUUAAGCUUGUUACAGCCCCUGGUUGUCAAUCAGACAACCAGUCGUGUUACUUCCUGGUUGUUUAGCUCAAUGAAGCUAAACUCAAGAUGUAAUAAUUGCCCAGAGCACCUGUCUAGUGAAGACUUCUUAUUGGGCUGCAUUGGUGAAUCUGUGAUUAGACAGCCACAGCAAUUCUGGGCUUAGUAGAGGAGGGCUUGCAAUGAACAUAGACAUGCAUAAUUAAAUUCAAGCAAGUUUUAAGUUGGGUAUAUCUGCUAAAUAGUGAUUACAUUAUUAUUAUUUAUUUUUUUUGUAUUUGGGCACUGGAGUGUCUAUUUCAGACUGAACUAAAUAAGAAUAUCUACAGUUUUAUUACAUUUGUAGAAACAAUAAAGUCCAACAGAGAGUUGGAAUUGACAAAGCUUAAUUCGAUAAGUUGAAAAUACUUUGGACUAAUAACACCUAGUCUUUGAAAACACGUAUAAUAACAAGGAUUGGCAGAUCAAAAUGAGUUCGCCACUUGGGGAGAUGGAACAUCUUGAGCCAGAUUUAAAUGGGAGCAUCGAAGGAAAGCAGUUGUGUAGUGUGAGUGGACGACAAGGAACAAUGGACGAAGAAGACUUCAUGUAGAGUGGCUGGACAACAUGAAGCAAUGGGUUAGCAGCAGGAACAUUCAUGAUCUGGAAGAGGCAAGAAAAAUUUGCAAGGUGUUUCGAAAAUGUUCCCAUUGACGAUGUGCCGUAUGUAGAACAAAGCAGCUAUGAUAGUUUCACUUUCAAUACAAGUUCCAGAAAGCCCUGCUUACUCAUUUUAGAUGGAAAUCAAUGGCAAGCCCGAUGCGCAUGCGUUUUCGGCCACAGGUGAAAUACCAUUUAAUAAAAGCAUUUAUGAGAAAUACUUGCUACAGGGUCCAGUAGCCGCCGGUGCAUUCCAUUCAGUUACUUUAGAGGUUCUCCCUUAUCUUUUAUUCCUAUGAUAUUGCCCACGGGUGAAUUUCACAAAGAAGAGUGACAAUAAAGGGAUGCCUACAACAAAUGAGUGGAUGUGCUUGUGAGUGACACCAUACACACGUGCGCGCUCGUUAACUCACUGAUUCUACCAUACAAAGCUAGGGGAGGCAGUGCUUUAACUGAGAGUUCACAACUUGGUCCUGCAGGUACAUAGGAAUCCAUUGAAGCCUGCAAAAUAAGGACACUGAGAUAUAAGUAGCUUUUAUAGGUUGCAUGUUCAUUGAUACUGCAUUAUUUGUGUAAUGCAUUAACAAAACAGCAGUUUGUCCAUGCUGAAGUGCUCAUUUCAAAGAUCUAGACUAGAGAAUAAGGGCAAAAGAGCAGCAAAGAUUUUAAAUAAUGUUAGAAGGAAUUAUAGGCCUUCAUUUGUUAGUGGACUGCAACUCACAUAAACCCUAGCUAGGCAGGUGCCCAAACUGUUUAACAGGCGUUAAAUUAGCUACAAAGUCUAUGGGUGGGAUAUACUCAUCAAACAGUGAGCUGGUAAAAUUUGAACACCAGUGUUGACGAAUCUGUAGCAAAACAGUCAAGUGGGAAAAAUACAGGAUUUAUUCACGUUUUAUUUAUUUAUUUAUUUAUGUGUUUGUUUAAAAAAUAGUAAAACUGUGCAUAUAGUUAAUUUGGAGAAUGGUUCCAAAUAAGCUGUGUGACUCGAAGUGUGUUAUAAAUGCUUGUGAUUGUGCAUUUAUCUCGGACAGAAAUAUUGUUCCAGAGGUAUUCUUCCUCUAUCAAUUUGCUCCUCACGUGGAAAUAUUGAACAGAGGAAAAUUAAAGGCAUCUCCUUUGCUCACUGAUCACCAGACUGCGGUGAACAGAACACUGAAUUUGUGCAAAAUGUGCUUAUUUGAACGAUUUCUCCAAAGGCUGUUGUUGUGAUUCAUUGUGUAUUUCAGUUUUCAAUUCACUGCAAGUCACUGUUUAGUGAAUCAACCCCAUCCUUUUAUUGCUGUGAUUUUUGGACCUAUCUCUGGUAAAAAGACUUCAGGGCCAUUCCUUCUCAAGGGCCAUAUUAAUAAUUCAGAGAAUUGACCUUCCAUGCCUUGCUUCAUGUGGGGUAUCUUCACACUAUGCCCCCAUAAUCCAAUCCUAAACCAGUACAGCAUCUAAAUGUGGGUAUAGCUAAUUCAUUGAAAUUGGAUGACAAAAAUAUAAACUGAGGCACCUUGCAUAAUGUAUAACAAAAUAGACGAGUUGGGAAAAAAUAUAUAAAUAUUAGUUGAGGUUUUAUAAAGCUCACUUAUUGCAAAUUACCCUUAGAUACAUUCACCAAAUUGUGAAUAGUCAAGAAUUCAAAGUGAAUUCAAAGUGUAUUUCACAUUUUAGACCCAGCAGUGCAGCGCUGUACAAUUGGGAAAACAAUACAAUAUAAAUGGACCGAUACAAAAGGUAGAUGGCCCUGCCUUUGAGCUUACAAUCUAAAGGUAAAAUCGGGAAAUGAGACAAGAGGUAGCAGGGGAAUUUGCAAGUGAUGGCAGAGAGAGUUUAUAAAGUGACUGCAGGGAUGAUAACAUGUGAAGGUAAUGAGAAGGAUGAUUGACUAUGGUUUGAAACAGCUGGAGGAGUCAUGAUAUAUAGUUAGAAGGAACCAGGGUGGGUGGGUUUGUUUCUAAACCGGUGAAACGGUCCAAUCAGAGGCUUCACUAUAAGAAGCUUGUGUUUGGAUUGCGCAAGGGCUUCCAUGACAUCGGACAGAAGAGGAAGUUCAGCAUCGCUAGACGCUUUAAUUGCAGGAUUAGUUUUAAACCUUUUUACAAGUUUUAAGGGGGCGGGAACAGACCUAAUAGCAAUGCCCCAUAGGGCCUUAUAAAUUAAAAAAUAUAUAGUUUUAAAAUGGGUUGGAGUAACCCUAUAAGUUCUUCAGGCAAACUCACACCCUUUAUGGGUAGCCCCCCGCUGGGUGGUACUAUUGAGGCGUUUCACAUCACUGGCCUGCACUACCGCCUACAGGGGGUCCGCUUCACAGGACACCAUUGUCGAGGGGUGUGACCUGAGAGUGUUUUUUUUUUUUAUUGUGAGUAAGCUAUAAAAUAAAUACUUUAAUGCUUACAAACAUUCGAAACAUAAAAAUUCCUUACUAACCUCUCAUCUUUAUGAACUAACUGGAAUUAACCUCCAGUCCUUACAAUAAUCCUAUAACGCGAGAAUGGCUUCUUGAAUAUAUAUUUAAACUCUUGGUGAGAAUUGCUUGUCAUGUUUUUUACCCAUGGGUAAAAAAAAUAAUUACGCCAGUGAAAAAAAAUUUGUGCAACCUUCAUAUGUAUGUUACGGCUUUGCUCUUUAAUCCGUAAUUUUCCUAUGGGAGCUAACAGUUAUUUUGUACUAUAAUUAUAGCAAUAAGAAAUUCUUUAGAAUUCAUGUUGAAAACAUGUAAUGUUCUUAAUGGGAUUAAUGAUCUUCUGUGCAAGUGCCACAGGGCUGAAUAAGUUGCUGUGUGUCAUUCAAGUGCUGGAGGCAACUGUUACCAAAACUACCCAUUUAAUGAACAGAAAUAUAUAUAUAUAUCACAAAUAAUUACUGCUUCUAACUAGCUUUAUUCUUAUACUUUGGGCUUUGUCCCUGCUCACUUUGUUCUCAGACUCUGCAAGGAGACUCACCUUGCCCAAUUGCGAGCCUUCAUUACCUUUUUUCUUCCCUUCCCUUCUCAUAGCCACUUGGAUCUGGGACUUUGAAAUGGAUUUUAUUUUUUUUGUAUUUUUUGUGAUUUUUAACUAGGAUUUUCUCUAGAUUACAAGUUACUUAUGAGACUUUUUUUGUACCAUGUUGCUUAUUAUUUAAUAAUCCACCUUGUGGAGAUGAUUUAGAGCAUACUGAUUACUAAGUGCUGUUCUAGUUUGGAAUUGUGAUGAACACGUCUUGGUUCCCCUUUUUACCCUUUCACAUCCUUCUGCUUACGUUAGAUCCUGGUUAUUUGCAAGACCACCAGACAAGCCCACCAAAUAAAAAAUAGCUGUCCCUUUUAUUUGAAUGUAUACAUGUUUCAUGUAUGUAUGACUAGACCCAAGUGAUUUCUCUCUGUACCCUUGGGUAGCAGAAACAUUGCAUGUGUUACUUGUGCAAAUACUCAGAGUGACAUCUAUCAAUCAGAAUCUGCCUACAGACAGUCGUGCUGCCAUCUAGUGGAACAAGGGUGCAUGCCUAGCCAUCUAUUAAUACAGUGGUUCUCAACCCAGUUCUCAAGUACCCCCUAACAGUUCAGGAUUUGUGGACUUCCCAGUUCAGUCUAAGGUGUUUUUAGAAAAGAAAAGGAAAACACACUUUAAAAACACAACAGGAUAAUCCCUAAAUCCUGGACUGGUAGGGGGUACUUGAGGACUGGGUUGCGAACCCCUGUUAAUUAAUAGAUAAUAGAGAGAGAUACACACUUGUAAUAUAAACACAGGUCUACAUAUAAAUAAGAACCUUAUCAUUGGUCAUAGAUAUAUCUAGUGUAAAUCACAUGUAUUUAAGGGGAAAUGGAUAAAUGUAUGUUUUUUUGUCUUGACUUGGGCCCACAUUGACAAUGUGUAUUAUCCACAGUGAGUCUUGGCUUUUUAUAUUUCCCAGAUGAAACGAUCAUGUAAUUAGAACUGAGCCUCCGGGUGAAAUGCAUUAGACUCAGUGGUCAUCCAUCUAUCUGUAUGGGUCAGAAGAUGACUCACAGAUAAAUGAAUGUACUCACAGCCACUCUCCAGACAUUCUCAUUUCUGGCUGUGAUAGAGAGGAAAUGGAAGGCAUAGAAUUUUUCAGUAGAAUUGUGUUUGAUGCUACAAUCAGGAAACAACUCCCAUCAUUCCCAGGCAGUAGCACUCCAGCAUAGACAAUCAAUAACUUCAGCUUUGCUCUGAGAUGAGUUGCAGUCUGUAGUGGCUGAAAUGCCAGAAAGUGCCACUUGUGAUGCUGGGAGCUAUUGGUUCUAUACUACAUAUAUAAAUGACAGUGUAUAUGAUGAAAGGUGGAGGGUGGGUUUGUUUGGGACUACCUCCCGCCAGGCCAAAUAGCCAACUCUCCCCUGGUGGCAGGGAUUGCUGGCUUACAACUCACAUGAUGAUUAGCCAGCCUGUAAGAUACCUGAACAGUUAGGAGGCCUGAUGUUUGACCAUGUAUAAAUAUUAAUACAUAGGCAUCAGGAUCACUCUGAGUGAAGUUAAUAAAAAAUCCUUUUAAAAAAAAAACCCAAUUAAGAUGAUCUGUGGUUGUAAUUCAUGAGAAUUUAAUGAAUGAAACACACAGCACUUUGAGGUUGAUUAGUCCUGGCUCCGGCAUGCUCUGUGUAUGUUUACACCAAAUCAGAUUAAUCUUACUAUAGCAUAUUGCCUUCAAUGUGAAAAAUUCAUUAAUGAGAUUUUCUUUAUGUUGACAUGAAAUAAAUAGUCACUAUAUAAUGUGACCACGUUGAAAAUGCCACGGUGCUGUUAUAGCACCAUUAUAAUGUCAAACCUCAAGGUAAACAGCUGUACUUGGUGUUAUAAUGACCCGGAGUACAGAAGUGUGUCCCAUUAUUAAUUUCCCAUAUUGCAGUGUGGCUAUAGAGCAGUGAUGGCGAACCUUUUUGAGCCCGAGUGCCCAAACCGCAAUACAUGCCAACUUUUUUCUCCUUAAAGUGCCAACACGGCAAUUAAACCCAAAUACUGAGGUUUAAGUUUAGAAAAAACAACUCGUACUGUUGUCCGAACUAAUAACUUUUGUUUUAAAAGAACACAGAGAGUUCAAUGAUACAAAUUUUAAAUAAUGAUAUAAAUAGAUAAAAUUAAGCUUAUAUUUAUUAGUAUCUCCAACAAAUGCAAUACAUACACACAGACGACUGCUGAAUACAGAGACUGAUGAAUACACACAGUCUGCUGAAUACACAUACAGACAGACUGCUGAGUACACACACACACACACACACACACACACUGCUGAGUACACACACACACACACACACGCAGACUGCUGAGUACACACACACACAGACUGCUGAGUACAAACACACAGACUGCUGAAUACACGCACAAACACAAAAUGCUGAAUACACGCGCGUGCACACACACACACUGCUGAAUACACACAUAAUGCAUUGAGGUGGGGGGUGCUGUGUGUGGGGGGGUGCUUGUGUGGGGGGUGCGUGUGUGUGUGAGUGUUGUAUGUGAGGGGUGCUGUGUGCUGUAUGUGUAAGGGUGCUGCGGGGGGUAGGGGUACUGCUGGGGGGUGAGAAUUUGCUAUUGUGUGGGGGUAGGGUACUGUGUGUGGGGUAGGGGUACUGCUGGGGGGUGAGGUACUGUGUGUGGGGGGGGUAGGGGUGCAGCUGGGGGGAGUACCAGGGGUACUGUGUGUGUGUGUAGGGGGUAGGGGUGUGCACUGUGUGUGGGGGUAGGGGUACUGUGUGUGUGGGGGGGUAGGGACCACUGCUGGGAGGAGUAGGGGGCCUGGGGAGGGUGCACUGUAUGUGGGGGGUAGGGGGUACUGCUGGGAGGGUAGGGGUACUGUAUGUGGGGAGGGUACUGUGUGUGUGUGGGGGGUAGGGGUACUGUGUGUGUGGAAUUCUAGGGGUGCUGUGUGUGGGGGGUAGGAGUGUGGCUGGGGGGGUAGGAGUACUGGCUGGGGGGUAGGAGUGCUGCUGGGGGGGGUAGGGUCUGCUGGGAGGUGGGAGUGCUAUGGGAGUUGGGGUACUGUGUGUGGGGGGCCGAGGGGUACUGCUGGGGUAGGGAGGUGUGCUGGGGGAAUGUGGGGGGUACUGCUGGGGAGUGAUAGGGGUACUGCUGGGAGAUUAGGAGUACUGCUGUGGGGGGUAGGGGUACUGUGUGUGGUAGGGGUACUGCUGGGGAAUGUAGGGGUGUGCACUGCUGGGGGGCAUAGGUGCCUGCUGGGGAGAUUAGGGUACUGCUGUGGGGGUGGGGGUACUGUGUGUGGGGGUUAGGGGUACUGCUGGGAAUGUGGGGGUACUGCUGUGGGGGUGGGAGUACUGCUGAGAGUGGGGGUGCUGCGUGGGGAGGGUGCUGCUGGGGUUAGGGGUGCUGCUGGGAGAUGGAGGUGCUGCUGGGGAUAGGGGUACUGUGUGGGGGGAUGGGGGAACUGCUGGGGGCGGGGUGCAGGGGGUAGGGUACUUCUGGGAGGUGGGGUGCUGUGUGUAAUAUACCCCCACCUCCCUCCUUCUUACCUUUAAUGAAGUGGGGGGGGGGGGCACAGCCAUCCCUGGUGGUCCGGUGGUGGUAAGCACUGCAGGGGGAGGGCUCUAGGAAGCUGCUCCCCUGUCCUCCCGCGCAAUGCUGUGUGGAGCGUUGCCAUGGCAACGCUCCACACAGCAUCGCGCGGGAGGACAGGGGAGCUGCAUCACAGAGCCUUCCCCCUGCCUCCCGACCCGGAAGCAGAGUAGGCGCCUGCCGUUUCGGGCAGGCAGGCGCCUACUCUGCAGUGAUGGCGAACCUGUGGCCGCGUGCCCACAGAAAGGGCCCGGCAUGCCACCAGUGGCACGCGUGCCAUAGGUUCGCCAUCACUGCUAUAGAGGCUUAGGUUUAGGGCUGAAACUAAUGGUUUUACAUUCCACAGCAUCUUAAAGGGACACUCCAGACCCCAAGUUUAGCUUCAGUGGAGCUAAACUUAAGAGACAGUCAAUUGCUCAGAGCUCCUGCCUUGUAAACACUUCUCAUUGAGCUGCAUUGGGAAGUCUGUGAUUGGACAGCCACAGAAAGUCUGGGCAGGGAGGUUUGCAAAGGCUGCAGACAAGAGAUCUGCAGCCUUUUCCAGCUGUUUUUAGAUAUACCCAUUGUGAAAAAUGAUAUACUUAAAUGCAUGCAUGUUUUCAUUGGAGUCUAUCUACUAAUUUGUAAUUUUUAUAUUUUUGUAUUUGGGCAGUGGUGACCAUUUAAAGUCAGAUAAUCCCAAACCAUAAAUUUACCCAAACUAUAAAGACACUCUAACCAUAAUCACUGACAUUUAAAAUGUACAAUUUCAGUUAUAAUGCUUUAUUUGCAUCAUUCAUGAUGGCCAAAAAUGGAGGGGUUUACACACUAGCGCCUUCAUUUAAUAUGUAAUUUAAUAUGUAACUUAGAAACAAACACAAUAAAAAAAGAACACUCAUAUUUUUUAAUAGCGUAUUCAUAUUAAAAUCUCAGAAGUAACGCAUCUGGUUUGAUGUUGGCCACCGUGGUAAUAUAACAUGUCUCGCAAUGUAAAUUAAGCCUUGUGUUUGUGUAUAAACAGUGGAUUGCAUUCUAGAAAUGUUUUGCAACACACAGGGUAGGGGUAUUAAUUACAGUAAAAUCGGAUAUCCUUCCUGUAAAUGAUAAACAACAUCUCUUUGACCAUCUGACGGUAACAGUGAGCUCUAUUCAAGUCGUUGAAGUGUGAAAUUACAGGAGCAUUUUUUACAGCCUUUCAUUAAGCAAGCACUGGGGGUUAUGUAAAAAGAGCCAGGGGCAUAUUUAAUGUGGGCUGACGUGUAAUAGAGAAACUGGCAAAGGCAAAAUUAUAGACAAUGAACCAAUGUAAUGCUACCUGUAAAUGAGCAAUUUUUAAUCACACAUCGACCGAUAAAUAUUUGAUUCGCUAAAUCCGAUGAGACAGGAUAAAGUGAAGGCGAUUUAAAUACACAAUGUUAUUGCAAGCAUCUGCAAAAGUAUGUCAGAUCCAUAACAGAAAUCUCAGUUCUUCUCAGGCUGUAUAGCCAACCAUUUACAACAACAGCAGUAAUCAAAUUUCCCUCGCUCAAACUUUGUGAAAUGGCGCUUCCAAUUCUAUGAGCAUUGACGUUUAUGAAAAACCUCAAAUAGGAAACUUUUGCCCGGAGCACCAGCAAUCAUUUAUCAGCCCCGACUUGUCAUUGGUUAGCUGUAAAGGCAGCCAAUCACAAUCCAGGAGAGAACUACCCCGAUGAAGAAUAGUUCCAUAAGUGUACCUAACUCACUUUUUUGACCUUCUGGUGAGUGAGCUGAAGGGUUGGAUUUAAUUGUUUUCUACUUUUGAAUUACUCCUUUUUAAAUGGGGAAUGUCGGAAAUGUUUACCACAUGGCCCAAGUAGCAAUUUAAACUGAGGGAUGGAGGGUUUAUUUAUUCUUUGUGGUACUGCGUCUCACUCCAUCCUGUAUUACAAUGUGGUUCUAGAUGUCCCAGCUACAUUUACUUUAGGAAGAGGUGACCAUUUAGGAGUUGGCAACGGUGGUUUGAUAUUGGGCCAUAUUGAUUCUGGCACUUAAUCUAGAGUUGGAAUAAAAACCAAUGGAAUGUUUGUUGAUUGAACCAUAUUUUACUUAUUUUGCCCCAGAAUUGCUUCUUCAAGAUAACUGUCACGGAGUAGGGCUAUACCAUUCAUUAAUUUUUAGCCACCAAUUAGCCAGGCAUAGGUUAAAUUUCCUUGCAGUAAACUAAAAUAUUUUAGCAAGAUGCCACCCACUCAUUCAUGCCCUUUCUUUCUCACAUCCAGAUUUUCAAAAAUGUGUGUGUUUUUUUUUACCUAAAACAAGUAUUGUGCAACCAGCACACUUUCCUUAAUUUUUUUACCCCCAGUGAAGAGUUGUGAGUAAAGAUAUGUCUCUUUCCAAUGUGGUAGAUUUCAAAAUAUGUUUAUAGUGAAAAUAAAAUAAAUAUAAUGAGAAUUUUAUGCCCCUUUUUUCAUAUAUAUAACACAUCACUAAUAUACAUAAAAUUAGACCGUCAACGUGUUUGCCUUUAGAUUGAAGGUUUUAUUUGAACAAUACCAAGCCUGCUUUUUUGUCUGUGGUAUAUAAGCUUGAUUGUUGUUUUGCCGAUGUCCAGAUGUACAGAAAAGGAUAAAAUGACAAUUUAACAAUGAAUAUAAUUACUCUGGAUUUCCCGUAUGACAAUGUAUAGCCAGUAGGGGGUGAACUGUACAGGAAGUACUGCAUGUCACAGUUACAGUUAUUAUGAAUUAUUAUGAGAUUCACUUAAAUUCGUGAACAGCGUAACAAUCACGGUAUGUUUAUUUGAAAUUCUUGUGGUAUAUGCUUGUUAAGGUUUGUUAGAAGUGUGAAAUCCUCAGCAAACCAUACUAUACUAUAUAGACACUUGUUAUAUGCUCUGUGGAAUUAAAAUGAUCGUUCAAGUACCAUAACUACUACAGUACCUUGUAGUGGUUAUGAUACCAAAAGUUCUAUGGUAAGUAGUCAAACUGUUUUUAAACAAUUACUUGGAUUAUCCAGACUCCUCUGGUCCGGCCUACUCUUCUGAUAUCGUUAAAGUGUAACUUCCUUCUUCUGUGUUAGUGAGAUGAGAAUAUGUUUGGAGGGAAUUCAUCGGCGAAUGUUUUCAGCCAAUGAAUAACACAUUACUACAAACCCAAAGCCAUGUGUACACAGGGUUGGUAAUGAAAAUAGUUCCUUUAAAACACUGUUUUGUAUAAUUGUACAUAAUGAAUGAAGUACAUCCCAGUACGUUUGUUGAACAGGAUGAUUCAAUGUUGUAAUAAAAAAGCCAAUGUUGCAGUAAGAACUUUGGGCUGCUAUCUGCUCUGCGUUCAUUUAGGGACUGCCAAGUACUAUAUAUUUCUACUCACAGUUGAAUCUUGCUUGUAUUCCCUAUUUUUGCUUUACAAACAUAGAAGUAGAAUUGUCAGAUUUUUCUGUUUUGUAUACAUACCUGGCCGAAGGAUGGGUUUUACAACGUUAAAUUGUAAUAUCAGGUAUUUUAGAAGCUAAAAAUAGCUAUUUUCAAAGAUUAGCUUCCAGGGCAAUUUGGCUUACUGAUCAUUAUAACAGUAUGGAGCAGUAGGAGUUGUCUUAGAGAAUAACUUGCUAUUUUUUAGCCCUGCUAAAGAAUAGCACUAACAUAUACAGAGGCUCAUUGGUCGGUGAAUCAAGUUUACCGACCUCUAAGGCAAAGUAUGCAGGUGUUCUUUUGGUCGGGGCUGGGGGGGGGAAGACGUUUAAUUUUUCUUGCAAUUAUCGUCUUAUUUAUAUAGCGCCGACAUACCCCACAGCCUAAUGAGAAUUCCGUAGCUUUUGUAUUGUAAAUGUUUCCGAUACUUAUUACUUGUGUUGUAAAAAUGGUAAUGCAGCAAAAUAGCUCUGUAUAUUUUAAACAAGCACUUCUGAAUAAUACAUGUAAUGUUAAAAUGCAUCUAGCAGAAUGGGUAACAAUAGAGGAAGGCUGUUUAUCCAUUUAUAAUGCAUAAAGCAAUAGAAAGAUUACUAGCUUAACAUUUCCAAAAACUAUCUUGAAGCAAAGGAAAUACAUACGAAAUAUUUCAUUCUCCCCUGUCUAGGGAAUAAAGCAGCAAGUAUUAAAGAAGUGCCAAAGUUAAACACUGUGGGCAGGAAAAUCAAUAUUGCCAGUUAAAUGUCACAAGGAAGACACAGCUUUAGAGAAACUGACAGCCAGGGGUCUUGUAAAAGUCUUGUAAAAGAGAGGCGAGUUUGCAAGCCGGGUCUUGUAGGUGUGGAUGUACAUUAAUACUUCAUACACAUUGCUUCUUUAAAUUGUUUGAAUAAAUCCACAUAAAUACAAUCUGUUUCUUUAUUGGAGACUGGAGAUAAGACAGAGCAGAACUUAUCUAACGCAGAGAUAUUUUUUGUCAGUUUGCUACUGUAUUGAAAUAUAAAACACAAACAAAAGAUGGCGAAAGGAGAAGCAUCACCUAACGGUUUGCUUUAAUUUGUAUAAUCAUAAACUGGGACAUGAGGGGUUGUGGUCAGUGAGGGUUUAGGGACUUUAUGGUUCUGGGCUUAAAAUGAGUCUAAAACUAUCCCCAUGUGCAUUAAUAAACUGGAAAUUGCACAGACAGGCAGUGCUACAGAGAGAUUUGCUGAGAAAGCAAAGGGUAAAAGGGAUCACAGCCCAUGCUAUAGGUCAUGGGGCGCAGGUAAUCCAUCUUAGGGUACACGGGGCACAGGGAAUCCAUCCCACGGGUUGUGGGGCACAGGGAAUCCAUCUUAGGGUACACGGGGCACAGGGAAUCCAUCCCACGGGUUGUGGGGCACAGGGAAUCCAUCUUAGGGUACACGGGGCACAGGGAAUCCAUCCCACGGGUUGUGGGGCACAGGGAAUCCAUCUUAGGGUACACAGGGCACAGGGAAUCCAUCCUAUGGGUUGUGGGGCACAGGGAAUCCAUCUUAGGGUACACAGGGCACAGGGAAUCCAUCCUAUGGGUUGUGGGGCACAGGGAAUCCAUCUUAGGGUACACGGGGCAGAGGGAAUCCAUCCUAUUAGUCAUGGGGUGUUGGUAAUCAAUCUUAAGGUAUACAUGGCACAGGGAAUCCACCCUAUGGUUCAUGGAGCACAUGUAGUUCACCAUAUAGUACAUGAGGCACAGGGAACCAUCCUUUGGGUUAUGGGGCACUUGGAAUCCAUCCCGUGGGUCAGCAAGUACAAGGAUCCUAUGGAUAUUGGUGCACAGAAGGUCUCUAUUCAAUGAGUGUGGGGAAGAGAUAGAUCUGUUCUGUGUGAGAUGAGCCUAGGGAACAUUUGUGUCCAUCAGUUAAUGAAGGCAUAGAUCAGCUACAGAGCAGUAUAUACAGUGCCCGAGCUACCUUUAGUACUUUAAGUGUUUCCCAUGAUACUGAACCAGGUCUUGGAAGAUUUCAGUGCAUUUUAAAUCAAACAGAAUGAGCAUGGAAUCUAUAUUUUUAUGGGCAGCAGCACGUCACAAAAACCAUUAGGCAGCUUGGGCCCAUUGCAAUACAUGGGCCUGGAGCUUCAGCUCCAUUAGUCCCUAUGUUAAUUUGGCGCGGGAAAGAGAUGGACCUUACAUCACUGAGAGAUUUACUGUCAUGAAACCUGUCAGCUUUGUGAACAGGCACUUGACUCUUGUCACAGUUUGGUUGUGUUAGCCUGGAUAUUACAAUUAUGUAAAAUGAGCUAUUACAUUCAAAUAUCUUUGCUAUAAAUGAUUAGAUUUAGCUAUUUAUAUUUUACCAAACUACAUUUUCAUCUGUCUACAACUCACUAUUUAGCAAAUAAACCCUUUGGAUGAGCAAUAUAAAGCCAAUACCCAUUAAUGCUUAAAAUGUCUUGUUUUUAUUUCCUGUUUCUCUAGGUGGCUUUUGUUUGUAAGUGUCAUGAUAAGGAAUUCUCUUUCCUCUGAAAGAUCAAAUGAGUCAUCUGACUAACAAGCCUGCCAUUAGACUACGUGCAGCAAAACUCUUCACUGUAAGUACCCGUUCUUAAUAUAAACAGCAUUUUAAAGAAAAAAAAGAGAUGUUUUUAGUUGCAGCUUAUGUGCAUUUACCUUAGGAUUCUUUAAACCUUUUGUAUCUUUGUCAUCGAAAAAAAGCAUUUGCUUUGCAGGUGCAGGCAACCUCUUAUAUUCAAGGUCUAUGUGGACAUAUUCAAGGAACAUAUUGCUAGUUAAAAUUGUUAUUAAUUUCCAUCUCAACAGUGUAUGUGCUCAGCAUUAGUAUUUAAAGUCCUAGGUACCGUCUUCAGUGCUACAGUAUUGCUCAUCACCUGGCAGAGAAACAAAUUUCUCUGCCAGGGCUCUGUGACAGCAGAGCAGCAGAUUGUAGACCACAAUAGACAAAUACUUCUGUGAAUAAACCUCAAGCAAAAUUCUCCAGAUCCGCUGCAUUUUCAUUUUGAUUACUUUGACCUACACCUUUACAUUCUGUUUCAGUUCUCUGAGACACUACGGGACACUGAGACACUAGGGGACACUGAGACACUAAGGGACACAGAGACAUGGGGACACUGGGUGACUUUGAGACCUGGGAGACAUGGGGCACUCCCAGUGUCCCCUUGUCUCCCAGCCAGUGUCCCUAGUAUCUCCGUAUCUCCAUGUCUCCUAGUGUCCCUGGUGUCUCUCAAUGUCCGUAGUGUGCCAGUGUUCCUAGUGUCUCAGUGUUUUCUAGUCUACCAAAGUCCCCCAGUCUGCCAGUGUCUCAGUGUCCCAAUGUCUCCCAGUGUCCCCAUGUCUCCUAGUGUCUCAGUGUCCCCUAGUAUAAAAGAAAAAAUAUCAGGCACUCAACGUUUCGACCUGUCUUCAGUGUCACCUAUGUAUCACAGUGUCCCCUAUGUAUCAGAGUGUCUCAGUGCCCCAUGUCUCCCAGUGUCCCUGGUGUCUCUCAGUGUCCGUAGUGUCUCAGUGUCCCCUAGUCUCUCAGAAUCCCCUAGUCUCUCAGUGUCCCCAUGUCUCACAGUGCCCCCAAGUGUCUCAGUGUCCCCUAGUAUAGAAGAACAAAAAAUCUCAGGUACUCACUGUGAUAGAUUUAAGCAGGUUUAUUGGACACCACAACGUUUUGACCUGUACCCAGGUCUUUAUCAAGUCUCCAGUGUCCCCUAUUUAUCAUAGUGUCCCCUAUGUAUCACAGUUUCUCAGUGCCCUAUGUCUGCCAUGUCCCUUCGUGUCCCAAAGUCAACCAGUGUCCCCAUUUCUCCAUGUCUCCCAUUGUCCCCAAGAGUCGGUGUCCCCAGGACUCUCAGUGUUCCCUAGUAUCUCAGUGUCCCCAUGUCUCCCAGUGUCCCAAUGUCUCUCAAUGUCCCCUAGUGUCCUAGUGACAUGGGGACACAGACCCUCUCUUGGUUCCAAACUAACCUUAUUGAUAAACAUAACAAACCAAAACAAAGUUUCUAGUUGCACCUUUAGGCAUGAGACAUUAAAGAAUCACUAUAGACACCCAGUCAACAUCAUCUCAUUGUCCCUGUCCCUCUUAGUCCCGCAAUGUAAAACAUUGCAGUUUUAGAGAAAUGCUAUAUUUAAAUUUCAGGGUCUACCAGACAUCCACUGGAGGCGCUUCCUGCACUUUCACAGAAAUGACGCUGGAUGUCCUCAUGUUUUGCCUCAUUGAUGCAAUGCUUUCCAAAUUUAAGACCAAAAUAGGUGAACUGGAAAAAUUCUCCAAGACAUCCAUGCUUCCAGUAUCGCUACUUUGGCCUUAAAUUCUAAAUUCUCUUUGAAUUCACAUUAAAUUCUUGAUAAUUCUAACUUCCCCUGAGGAUCACAUUCAUGAAACUCCAGCCAAUUCUCUGGAAAAGUAGUUUACUGUAACUGCUUUAAUACUGUGAAGAGUCUAAUUAAAGGACCACUAUAGUGCCAGGAAAACAUACUCGUUUUCCUGGCACUAUAGUGCCCUGAGGGUGCCCCCACCCUCAGGGUCCCCCUCCCGCCCGGCUCUGGAAGGGGAAAGGGGUAAAAACUUACCUUUUUCCAGCGCUGGGCGGAGAGCUCUCCUCCUCCUCUCCGCCUCCGUUACGCCCCGCCGGCUGAAUGCGCACGCGCGGCAAGAGCUGCGCGCGCAUUCAGCCGGUCUCAUAGGAAAGCAUUUACAAUGCUUUCCUAUGGACGCUGGCGUGCUCUCACUGUGAAAAUCACAGUGAGAAGCACGCAAGCGCCUCUAGUAGCUGUCAAUGAGACAGCCACUAGAGGCUUUGGGGGAAGGCUUAACCCAUUCAUAAUUAUAGCAGUUUCUCUGAAACUGCUAUAAUUAUGAAAAAAUGGGUUAACCCUAGAAGGACCUGGCACCCAGACCACUUCAUUAAGCUGAAGUGGUCUGGGUGCCUAGAGUGGUCCUUUAAGGUAUUUAGCAAAAUAAAUUUUACAUAAUUUAGGUCCAUGACGAACCAACCCAGUAAUGGGGUAUAUAUGAAUCAGACACAAGUAAAGCAAUCCAGGGUAAGUCUCUUAACUCAAAAUUUUGGCUAAAAUAGCUGAUUUUGAAAAAUUCUCCAACUCGUCAUUCAAUUAAAUGUGCUAAAAUUCUUAGUAAAUAUCCUUGGAUAAUUAUAAAAAGAAGCUGUAAAAAAUCCAAUCGUGAACAUUUUUUUUUAUCAAGACAACAAAUAUAAAUGUAUUACCUUGAAAAUAGUGACUACAAUACACAUUACUGUGUAAAUGGUGAGAUCAGUAAGCAUGCUAAAAUGGGUGUAUUAUAAAACUCACAAACAACUCUGCAAAAAAUAGCAAUUACUAGCGUUUAUUUAUUAGUACGUCUGCCAGAGUGGUGGGUUUUCAGUUUAGUUUGUCUGUACACAUACUGUCCAUUUAACCCCUUCAGGACGGAGUCAAUAGUGCACAUUCUGAUCAAAACAAAACGUAAACAAAAACUGGAAUUUGCGCUACAUGUCUGUUCAACCGUAAUUCACCGCUGUCACAUUAAGUGCACCCACACUUAUUAUAUAUCAUUUUGUUAAGGAGAAACAGGGCUUUAAUUUAUCAUUAACUAUUCAUAUAUGGAACAUAAUUUAUCAUGAAUAAAAUGUAAAAGAAUUUGAGAAAAUAAGAUUUUUUUUAAAAUUUGUAUUUCCGUCUGACAUUUUAGCUGUGAAUGUCAUAAUACUGUUAGGUUUUACUUCAAAACAAUGCACAUAUUUGGAAUCAGCGAUGUCUCACGAGUACAACAGUACCCCCCAUUACCAGGUUUUAUGGUGUUUUGGAAAGUUACAGGGUCAAAUAUAGAACGUUCCAUUUUCAAAUUGAAAUUUGCCAGAUUAGUAAUGUUACCUUUGAGACCGUGUGGUAGCCCAGGAAUGAGAAUUACCCCCAUAAUGGCAUACCAUUUGAAAAAGUAGACAACCCAAGGUAUUGAAAGUGGGGUAUGUUUAGUCUUUUUUAGUAGCCACUUAGUUACAAACACUGGCCAAAGUUAGCAUUCAUAUUUGUUUUUGUGUGAAAAAAAGCAAAAAAAAAUAAUAUUUUGCCAGUGUUUGUGACUAAGUGGCUACUAAAAAAGACUGGACAUACCCCAUUUGCAAUACCUUGGGUUGUCUACUUUUGCAAAUAGUAUGCCGUCAUGGGGGUAAUUCUCAUUCCUGGGCUACCAUACACUCUCAAAGGCAACAUAACCAAUCUGGCAAAUUUCAAUGUCAAAAAAAUGAAAUGCAAGCCUUAUAUGUGACUCUCUAACUUUCCAAAACACCAUAAAACCUGUACAUGGGGGUACCCUUAUUCUCAGGAGACUUCACUAAACACAAAUAUUAGUGUUUUAAAACAGUAAAACAUAUUACAACAAUAAUAUAGUCCAUAAAAGUGCUGUUCGUUUGUAAAAAAUGCACAAAACUUCACUUUUACUUAAAAUAUCAUCGUAGUAAUACAAUUUACCAGUUUGAAACACUAAUAUUUGAGUUCAGCGAAGUCUCCUGAGUAAAACAGUACCCCCUAUGUACAGGUGUUAUGGUGUCUUGGAGAGUUACAGGGUCAAAUAUAGUGCUUGUGAAUUAAAUUCUCUGCACUUUCUCCCUGUGUUGUCAGGCAUUUCAAUCAAAUUUUAAUUAAUCAAAUCACAUAAUUAUGUUAAAAGAUUACUUAAAUAUACAUGUAGAAUUUUAAUAUAUAUGCAUUUAUAGGUAUUUAAAUUCUAUGUGUCUACUAAUGUAAUCUUUUAUGUAAUUAUAUGUAUUUAUCUAUAUAUAUUUAUUUGCGGUUAUUUGUAUUUUAUAUAUAGAUAGAUAUAUAUAUAUAGAAUGUCAUUCUAAGUAUAUUUUGUUGCCAAUAUAUAUAUAUAUAUAUAUAUAUAUAUAUAUAUAUAUAUAUAUAUUAAUAACAAAAUACAGUUAGAAUGAAAUUACAUUUGAAUAUAUAAUUUAUAUAAAAUUUUGUUUCAAUAUUUUAUUUAUUUAUUUUAUUAUUUUAUUUAUUCAGUAUUGUAAUUAUACGUAUAUAUAUAUAUAUAUAUAUAUAUAUAUAUAUAAUAUGUGUAUAUAUCUAUUAUAUAUAAUAUAUAUACAUAUUAUAUAUAUAUGUAACUUCAUUCUAAGUGUAUUUUAAUACUAAUAUAUGUACUUAUAUUAAUAUUAAAAUACACUUUGUAUGACGUUACAUAUAUUACAUUUAUUUUUAAACAUGUUGAAUUAAUUUUUUUUUACUUUCCCACCAGCAGGGGGACUGUCUGACAUUUUAGACAGUCCCCCUGCUGGCAGAUCCACAGCCAACUAUAGGGGGCCAUGUGAUCGCUCUUUGAGCCCCCGGGGGCCUCAUUUGCCUCAUUUUACAAGGGAGGUCUGAAGAAGGAGCAAGUCCGUCCUACACUAUGCUGCGUUACCACUCGCAUAGUGAAGGAUCAGAUCGAGAGGAAAUAGCAAGUUGUUUUGGCAGCAGUGCAGGCUGUGCAGCACGCCAGACCUCCAGGGGCUCAAAGCCGUUACGGCGUUCUAUGCCGCCGCAACGGCUUUAAAGCCCACUUAAUGCGGGAUGGCAUAGAACGCCGUAACAGUGUUAACAGGUUAAAUAAACAGAUUUUAACAUAGGCGUGCGCAGCCUAUUGCAUUAGGGUGUGCACCCUAAAGCACAAACACACACGUCGCGUGUAUGUGUAUAUAUAUACACACACACACACAAACAUCUCAUUUAGCUAAAAUAAUUAGUAAACUUCCCUGGGAGAAAUUAUCAUUAUUAUCUGCAUUUUCUUAAGUUUUAUUCUUAUCUCUUAAACUUAGCUUUUGCUAUCUGUUGCCCCUUUAUACUCACUAGAUAGGGUUGAGUGUGGCCAUUUAGUUGUCCCCCAUCACAGUAGACUAGAUUAUUUUGGAUCCUUACUAAUCAUUUUUGAAUUCCUCAUUCCUCAUCUGGCACACAUGUGGGUGGGUCUGGAGCCUCAAGCCAAGAGUGAAAUCUACAGCUAGGGAAAACCAGUGCGGAAAACUAAAUAUUGGGGGGAAACCAGAUUUAAGGCGAGGAAGGACCAUGAUGAGAAUGAAAUGCUGCAGUAGGGGAGGAGUAAUAAACUCAAUAAUUUACAGACGUGAAUUAUAUGAGCUGGAAAAUGUAAAAUAAAUAUAGAAUAUGCGGUAAAAACAGCAGAAAAGAAGUUGCCAAGUAAAAUAAACUCUUUGCUGGAAAUAUACAGAGAGCUGAUUUUUUUUUAAGUCACAGAGUGUUAAAAAUAGCUGUUUUUCCUCCACUGAGGUCAUAUGUUAAAGGCUACGGUCAAGCCCUCUGUGGCAUUCCAGCUGUUACUGUCUAAAUCCACUGGAAAAGCUAUGGGUAGACUUAGCACAGACUGGGCAUUGCAAUACUCUAGGGGUAUGUAAGUGGAAUUCUUGGCAAACCAGAUUUGUCAAACGUCCCACUUUCUGUACUAUGGCAGCAGAAUGUAUGCUUCAGUUGAUGAGACACAAUGAAAUGCUGCAGCAAGGGAGGAGAAAUAAACUCUACCUGGCUGCCGUAACUCGUUCUAGGAGAAGAGUAAUGCCGCUGGUGCUGCACUAUGACCCGGGCGGCCCUCACCCUAGCUUUGCCGUGAGUCCGUGACUCCGCCUCCGCGUGAUGUCAUGGAAUGCACGUACGCUACAAGGGAGGUCUGAAGAAGGAGCAAAUCCGUCCUACACUAUGCUGCGUUACCACUCGCAUAGUGAAGGAUCAGAUCGAGAGGAAAUAGCAAGUUGUUUUGGCAGCAGUGCAGGCUGUGCAGCACGGAGCCUCAAUUUUGAGGCUUGAUAAGGGUGUGCCCCAGCACACCCGGCACACCCCGUGCGCACGCCUAUGGAUUUUAACUUAUUUUAACUGCCUUGAUAUGUAAUUAUUUUUUUGAUAUUUAAAGCUAUGGAUGUAAUGAAAAUUUUGAGAACAUAUUUAAGUUACAUACAGCACACAAGAACACAAAUAGGUUAAAGGAACACUGCAUUCACGAUAACAACGUCAUCUAAAAGUUGUUUUAGUGCCUACAGUUGUUCCCCCUUUCUUAGAGGCUCCAAAUGACAUUAACUUGAAGCCAUGCCUCCAAGCCCUCUAGAUAUGAGAUCUGGGACUAUUACUUCCCAGCUCUCAUACCCUAACAUACCGUGAUGUCUGUGGAAGAAUCAUAGUUGCAUCGAUGCGUGUGUUGCACAUGCGCCUAUGGUCCCCAUUGCUCCUCUUUGAGGAGCAUUAGAUGGGACGGUCAUCCAGGAGGCACGAGAGAUGGAGGAGCCACAGGAGCACGCAGGGAGACUUUUUGCUGGAGCAUAGAUAAGUAAAAUCCUUUAUUUAGUUAAAUUUUGUUUGUUGCUUGCAGGCUGGUGGGGGAGGGCGGGAGGGGGGCUAAAACUAACUAUGGAUGUUUAGACUGUAGUUAAUGCUGCAGUGUCCCUUUAACACAGAAUGUAAAUUAGUUGCAUGCUAAUGUUUAAGAUUUAUAAUAAAGAACAGAAAUAUUGUUCAUGCUCAGAAGAAUCACAAUUUGUUUUAAGUUUUUUGAUAAUAAUGGCUUAUUUGUGUAUUUUGGAUAUAUUUUCUAUUUGUACUUUGAUAUUCAUACAUCCAAACCUUUCUGUUUUGUGCAGUUGUGUCACUGAUAUCUCAAGAUGACGGAAAGCGGAGACUGCAGAUUCAGCAAUCUCACCUGGGAUCAAAUAACCAUCCUGGAUCAGGUACUGACAGAAGUUAUACCCAUUCAUGGCAGAGGAAACUUUCCUACCAUGGAAGUACAACCAAAGGAUAUAAUUCGUCUUGUGAAAGAACAACUCCUUGAAAAGAAAAUCACCGUACGUGACAUUCGCUUAAAUGGUUCCACCGCAAGUCACAUUUUAAUAAAACAAACUGGCACCAGCUGUAAAGAUCUGGACAUAAUCUUUGGCGUGGAGCUUCCUGGGGAACAUGAGUUUCAGACUGUUAAAGAAAUCGUUUUGGAUUGUCUUCUGGAUUUUUUACCGAAGUGUGUCAACAAGGAGAAGAUCACUGCUUUGACUAUGAAGGAGGCAUAUAUCCAAAAGAUGGUGAAGGUUUCUACGGACCAUGAUCGUUGGAGUUUAAUCUCUUUGUCAAACAAUAGUGGGAAAAACGUGGAACUCAAAUUUGUCAACUCUCUGAGAAGGCAAUUUGAGUUCAGUGUAGACUCUUUCCAGAUCAUACUGGACUCAAUGCUAAAUGUUUACACAGACAAAGAAAGAACAUUGUCUCCCGAAUCACACCCUACAGUUAUUGCCGAGAGCAUGUAUGGAGAUUUUAAGGAAGCGAUGGAGCAUUUGAAAUAUAAGUUGAUUGCCACCAGAAAUCCUGAAGAGAUACGGGGAGGAGGGCUUCUAAAAUACAGCAACUUAUUGGUCCGUGACUAUAAACCUGCUAGCGAGAAGGAAAUCAAAUCUUUGGAGCGUUACAUGUGCUCCCGAUUUUUCAUUGACUUCCCAGAUGUGGCUGAGCAACAGAGAAAGAUUGAAUCAUACCUCCGCAGUCAUUUCAUCGGAGAAGAGAAAAGCAAAUAUGAUUAUUUGAUAACUUUGCAUGCGGUGGUCAAUGAGAGCACUGUCUGCCUCAUGGGUCACGAGAGGAGACAAACUCUUAAUAUGAUUGCUGUGCUGGCUCUGAAAGUUCUUGGGGAGCAGAAUAUUAUUCCAAACACAGCUAAUGUUACAUGCUAUUAUCAGCCCGCUACUUACAUAAGCGACAGGAAUUUCAGUAAUUAUUACACAGUUCAAGGACAGCCUUCCAUAUUCUACCAGCCUUACCAGCUUUAUGUUCACGCGGAAUGGGCUGGUCUAGUGGUACACAAGCUAGCACCAUUAAAAUAAAGGAAUUUGGCGCAAAGAAAUGAAAAUCUGCAUCGUGAAAUGACUGUUUGUUGUGCAAAAUGACACUUUGAGUAAAUACUUAAGUAUUCAUUGAAGGGGCUACAAAAUCCCCCUUUAAAACAUAUCCUUGGGUUUCUUUAUGUUGGAAUAGCAUCAGGAUAAGUUACAGAGGACAUAGAUAUAUGGAGUUAUGUAUGAAGGGGUAUUGAGAAGUCAAAUUCUGAAUGUUGAACAGUCACCAUGGAAACCAACGAAAUGUUCCUACUGACUGUUUCACUUUUAGAACAUUGCACUUUUUGUUAACUCCAUGAGAGUUAUGUAUAAAAGUGGGGCAGUCACCAUGGAAACCAGUGAAACCAGCAGACACAUUCCAUCGGUGACUCUGCCCCUUUUCCAUGUUUGCACCAAUUUUCAGAAAAUAGAUUUUUUUAAAUACAUAACCCCUAUAUGUGUCAGAUAUCUGUUAUGUCCAUUGCUAUGAAAAGUUUGUUGGGAGGGGGGAGAACAAGUGUCUGAAAACUAUUUAAAUAUAUGAAAUAUUUCUUAGCACCAUUUACAGUUAUGAAUUGAAAAAAAAGUUAUAUGAUUGAGUAUUUUUUUCUUACAUGUCUGAAAAUUUUAUUUUUUUCCUGUCUUUUCUUAAAAAAAACAACAACAAAAAAAACAAAAAAGAGAGAGAGAUGGUCCUGGUCUUUACAUUUCUUAACAGAAAAUAAUAUAUUGAAGAUGUGAUUGCUGCUUUGUAGAUUCUAUACCUUGUCCUGUCUGGGUUUAUUGAAUUGGUGACAUUCAAUAGGUGACAAGUAUGAAGAUUUGUUCAAAACCUUUGCAUUCCGUGGUGUCUCAUCUGUGGUUAAAGAAAAUGUGAUCCGGAUUUUCAGAAUUUUUCAUCGUUCUUUUUUACAUGUUUCAUGGAAUGCUUUGAAGUGGAAAUGCCCUUUUAAGUCUGCUAAUGCCAUCAUGAUUGACCAUUAGAGGGUCUGUAAUGCCUGGGCUCUAAACUGGCAACAUACUGUCAUAAAAUCAUAUACAUUUCAAAGUGUUACUUACCUGUAAUGCAUUUACACAGAGCAGCAGGAAUACACCCAAUCAGGUUAUGAUCAGAAUACAAAUAAUGUUCAAGAGUUACUCCAAGCAUCAUAACCACUACAGCCCGCUGUAGCGUUUAUGAUGUCAGAAGUACCCUUGUCCAGUCCCCCAGUAGUAGGGCAAACCAUUUAGCAAUAGUUUGUUUCCUUACCCGGGUACCCACCAGGCUACAGUGCUCCCUGAUGGUCGAGUAAUGUGUUCCAGCUUCUGCAGAGCCGCAAAAGCCAGAAACCACGAAACCUGGCGCAAUUAAUUGGCUGAGAGCAUCAUCUGACCACUUUCAACCAAUGACUGACAAUCUGUUUGAUGAAAGAUGCACAGAAUUGAUAUUAGUCUGGAACUCAAGUUCCAGGCUAACUGAUAACAUUACAAUGAGCAAUACAGAAGUAUAUAUAUAACAUACGUGAUCACCAAUAGUCGGUAAACGUUAAUAAAAUAAAAUUACCCUUAGGGAUACAAUAGAUUGUAAGAAGAUCCCUCAAGUCUUAAAAGAAAUAUAAGAAAUACAAUCUAAAAAAAAUAAAAAUAAUAGUGUGGUAUAUAAAAACGCUAAAUUUGGUUUACAUUACGACACUGCAGCAAAGGGGUUAACCUCCAUAGGUGAAACUCUGCACACACAGACUCCAGACACAAUGACCACUUCAGAUCACUGAAGUAAUCAUGGCGCAUGGAGUAACCAUUUAAGAGGCCAGAAAAUGGCAAUACUGAGAAUGAUAAUUUUCGUAUAAGAGCAACUUAGGCUAAAGCAUUACUGACCUUUUAACUUAACCUGUUGGAAGGGUGGCUACAAAGAGGCAUAAUGACCCUAUCAGCAGUGUAAAAACUAUAAAGACGUACAAUGAACUAGUUUAUUGCUCAGCCCUCUUCUACUCGUGGGGUAAAUAGCGUCAUCAUGUUCACUGAAAUAGUCCAUAUCAAAGCUAACGUUUUUUGAGUGUACUUUUGUUCAUUGUUAUUCUGUGGACAUAGUGUCAAUGAAAAAUGUCUACUUAUCCUGAAAUACUGUGAUGUAGGAAUACAUUAGGGGAUAAACUCAUUAAACAGUGAGUUGUGGUGCUUUGACAAAAGAGUUGCAUGCUUGUCAUCAGCACACACAGCAAACAUACACUUAUAAAUAUUUGAGUGGCAUUUAAAGUAGUACUGUCUCUUGGUGGGACUCUGCAUUCAUCAAAACCCCCACCACCAUUCUGAGACAUGCCCGCUGCAUUUUGGUGCCUCCAUCUUUUCAACCUCUGACAGAUUAGGCAUGUGAAAGUGUUCAAAGAGACCACAAAGGUAAUAUGGGAGUGAUUAUAUAAACAUAGACGGGUGGAUGUUAAAGGGACACUAUAGUCACCAUGACCACUACAGUUUAAUGUAGUUGUUCUGGUGUCUACAGUCUGUCCCUACAGGCUUUUCUAUGUAAACUGCCUAGUAACAUCUCUAGUUGCAGUUACUCAGACGGACACUAGAGGUACUUCCUAGUGCAGUGCUGGUAAAGCAUCGGAUUGGCUGAAAUCAUCAAGAUUGAAUGCUCAUGGAGGCAGGACCAGCUGAGGCAAGACUAGUAAAACACCUUUUUAAAGCAAUGCAAGGGGGCACCUAAAUAGUUAGCUUAGCACUAUAGUGUCAGGAAUACAUAUUUGUAUUCCAGACAAUAUAGUGUUCCUUUAAGGAACAUUAUAGCCACGUUUGCCCUUGUAACCUUGCCCUGGGUGAGGUAUAUUUAGGAUUGCAAGGGCUUAGUGUUAGGCCUUGUUUAGGGUAUGGGGAACUAGGGUAUUGGGUUCAACCCAAACAGCCUUGUCAGGUUUUAAAAUAUGCUAACGAAAUAGUAAUAAAAACACUGCCUAGAGAUAUUUCUAACUUGGCAGAGGUAGAAUUAUAUUCAACUCAGUUAUUUUGACUUGAAUUUUGAAAAUGUAACAAGUAAAUUGUGCACCUAGCACAACUCACUGUUUAGACUUUAGAGCAUAAACCCCAGGUUUCAACAAAAGAUUAUCUUCUAUUUUCAUUAAAGAAUUCAGUGCCAUUGACUUAAAGGUGCCAUAAGAAAAAAAGAUGACUCUUAAGGGGAUUACAUGUUUCUAUAAACCAAUGUUGUUUACAUUGAUAAAUUGUCUUUAUAUGUGUUAUGCCAAAGUCAGAAAUAAAUUGGCAUGCUCAGUUUAUCU